GGUCGAGAGCCGCGGCGUGUCCGUCCCCCCGCGGCUGGGCACACAACCCGUGCGCGAACGCCUGCCCGGGCCCUCGGGGGCAGCGCUGGGCCGAGGCGACCCGCUGCCCUCGCUGUGGCUGCGGUGGCUACAGAUGCGUGUGGAGGUGAGUGGCAGGUAUUGAUAUGGACAGUCUUUCCUCAGGCCCUUCUCUGCAGUUGCUUGCCAAGCUGCUUCAUGAUACUCAAGAAGAUGAUGAUGAUGAUGAACAUGUGCCUCACUGUUCAGUUAAUGCCAUGACUCCUGGGACUAUUGGACCAGGAAAGAGAGAGACCACUGAUACUUUCCAAGUGAAACCUGGAAAUGAUAAAACUAUUUGGAAUACAGAGGAAGUCCCAGAAGGAUCUGAAUUUGAGGAUUCCUGGGACCCUAGAGAACAACCAGAGCAAACAAGAAAUGUCAAGCAGCACGUGGUGAAAAGGAGACAAUGGUGAUGGAAAACGUCCGAGGGGAGAAGCAGCCCCCGACCUCUGAGAGGAAAAGGAGAUACUGGAGAGUGAGAGAUGCAAAGCAAGGAAUAGCAAAGUGUGCUGAUAAAGUCAGCCAGCUCUCUCGGGAAAAGGAACGCUGCAGCAGCUCUACGAAACAGAGGUACUUGUGAAACAAAGGUGCUCUGCUGUGUGACCUGAGCGAAGGAUGGAAAGCAGCAUCAGAAGAACCGCACUGCUGGUUUGCUGCCGGGCUCAGUGGCAGAGGCCUGUUUUCACUUGAGGCUGCUGCAGAGCUGUGACAGCCCCUCUUCUCCAAGGGAAGGGGAGGAAGCUACUGAGUUCUCACUGUCAUCUUUUGGAAGUUCCUUUUCAUAUUUCCCUGGCAAUAGCAAAUGAUGGGAAACAACAGGAGCUUUUUCUGCCAAAACUGAAGAGACUGCUUGUUGCAGACACCUGGUUUGUGAGAUGGCCCUUGGAGAUUCCCAAAUGGUGGGGAUCCCCAAGAAACCUGUCCCUGGAGAUGCCCACCAACGCUCCCCCAGCCAUGACCCUGCGUCCUGGAAGUUUCAGCU